UCCAGGGCGGACGUUGGGCCUCUCUAGUGGUGAAGACAUUUCACGUGAUGGAAGGCGGGGUUUGGGGCGGGGAAGCAGCUCAGGGCCUGAGAUCCUGCUCUUGGGGGUCAUAGAAAAAGACAGCUCAUUUUUGCAAGUUUCAGGGGCUGGCCAAGGUAUGAAGCCUUGGACCCAGGAGAAAUCUCCUCCAGAGAGCUGGCUGGAAACUGGAACUUCUGGACUUGAGAUCUCUCUGCCUCCUGCAAGUCAGCUCUAUAGGUGCAGGUCCCAGCCUGCAGAGGACCAAGGCCUGGCCCAAGCGGGGAGCCUGGAGCCAGAAGGAAUGGCGCCUGAGAGCCGUAGACCCCCAGCCCAGGAGCUGGUGACCUUCAAGGAUGUGGCUGUGGAUUUCAGCCCAGAGGAGUGGAGUCUGUUGGACCUGGAUGAAAAAGAGCUGCACAAGGAGGUCAUGCUGGAGAAUGCUGAGAACUUGCUCUCCCUGGGACUUCCAGUUCCCAGAGAAGAUUUCAUUUCCCAUGUGGAGAGAGGAGGCCUGAGGAACUCCUGUCCUGAUGCAGAGACACUGUUUGAUAUAAAGGAGAUGAGUGCAAAUCGAAAAAUGAUUUCAUGGAAAGACCUUUUUCAAUAUAGUGCAUGCAGGGCUGUUCUUGCUAAGCAGAAAAGAAACCAUCCUGGAGGGGAACACUGUGAAUGUAAUACACACAAAAAAGUUUUAAGAGAGAGCUCCAGUGUUGCUAAAGAUAAGAAUAUACAUCCUGUAGAGAAAACACCUGAGUGUCAUGAAUGUGAUAAAACUUUUCUUGUACUCUCUUCCCUUGCCAAGCAUCAGAGUAUCCAUGCUGGAAAGAAACCUCAUAAAUGUAAGAAACAUGGAAAAAUUUUAAGAAAGCGAUGUACUUCUCAACAAGAGAAAACUCACAUAGAAGAACAAUCUUACACAUGUAAAGAAUGUGGAAAAGAUUUCCAAUGUUAUUCCAACUUGGCUCAACAUCAGAGAAUCCACACUGGAGAGAAGCCUUAUGAAUGUAAUGACUGUGGAAAGGCUUUCACAAAGCUCUGCUCCCUUGCUAUCCAUCAGAGAAUCCACACGGGAGAAAAUCCUUAUGAAUGUCAUCAGUGUGGAAAGAAGUUCAGAUGCAAUUCAGGUCUUCGAAAACAUCAGAGAAUCCACACUGGAGAGAAGCUUUAUAAAUGUAAUGAAUGUGGAAAGACUUUCCAAUGGAGUGACAGUCUUCGUCAACAUCAGAGAAAGCACAGUGGAGGGAAGCCUUAUGAAUGUAAUGACUGUGGAAAGACUUUCACACAGCGCAGCAAUCUUAUUUCCCAUCAGAGAACCCACACUGGAGUGAAGCCUUAUCAAUGUAAGAAAUGUGGAAAGGCUUUCACAUGGCUCAGCAAGCUUACUUUUCAUCAGAGAAUCCACACUGGAGAAAAACCUUAUAAAUGUAAUCAGUGUGGAAAGAGUUUCAGAUGCAAUUCUAAACUUGCUGUCCAUCAGAGAAUCCACACUGGAGAGAAGCCUUAUGAAUGUAAUGAAUGUGGAAAGACUUUCACUCGGCGUUGCAGUCUUGCUGUCCAUCAGAGAAUCCACACUGGGGAAAAACCUUAUAAAUGUAAUCAAUGUGGAAAGAAUUUCAGAUACAUUUCAGUUCUUGGAAAACAUCAGAGAAUCCACACUGGAGAGAAGCUUUAUAAAUGUACCGAAUGUGGAAAGACUUUCACAUCUCACUCCUAUCUUGUUGUUCAUCAGAGAUUCCACACUGGAGAGAAGCUUUAUAAAUGUACUCAAUGUGGAAAGACUUUCACAUGGAGUAAUGGUCUUCGUGAACAUCAGAGAAUCCACACUGGAGAGAAGCCUUAUGAAUGUAAUGACUGUGAAAAGGCAUUCACAAAGCUCUGCUCCCUUGCUGUCCAUCAGAGAAUCCAUACUGGAGAAAAACCUUAUGAAUGUCAUCAGUGUGGAAAGAAUUUCAGAUGCAGUUCAGGUCUUCGAAAACAUCAGAGAAUCCACACUGGAGAAAAGCUUUAUAAAUGUAAUGAAUGUGGAAAGGCUUUCACCCAACAGAGCAGUCUUACUUGUCAUCAGAGAAUCCACACUGGAGAGAAGCCUUAUGAAUGUAAUGAUUGUGGAAAGGCUUUCACACAGCGCAGCCAUCUUACUUCCCAUCAGAGAAUCCACAUCAGGGAGAAGCCUUAUGAAUGUAAUGAAUGUGGAAAGUCUUUCACACAGCGCAGCCAUUUUACUUCCCAUCAGAGAAUCCACACUGGGGAGAAGCCUUAUGAAGGUAAUGGUUGUGGAAAGGCUUUCACAUGGCACAACAGUCUUGGUUGAGAAUGAGAAAAUUCCACAUUAGACAGAAACUUCAUGAAUGUGGAAACCUUCAGGCAAAGCUCAAAUCUUACUUAACAUAGAGAGCACAGUAGAGGAAAACUUUUGAGUGUCUGGAUCAUGGUAAAGUUUUUAACAGAUAUUAGUCCUUGACUAGAUAUUGGAGAUCCUAUGCUAGAUGUAAAACCUCAUUCAUAUAAUCUACGUGGAAAAACAUUCAGGCUCACUUCAUCCCUGAAUUGACUCCAGAAAAUUCCCAGAAGAUUGAAAUCAUGAAUAAAGCUAUAAAAAUGGAGGACAGAGCUUUCAGUCAACAGAGAUUUUCUGCUUGGGAACAAAUCUCCUAUGGACUUGGAAUGGGAAGGUCUUUAGCGUAAGUUCUCCUCUGAGUUUGCAUCUCAGGAUACUGAGUGGAGAGAAGACUUACAAAUGUACUGAAGGAAGACUUGCUCUUACCACAUUAUAAAUCACAAUAUUCCCACUGGAAAGAAACAUUAUACAAAAUGUAUUUGCAGAAAGGCUGGAUCUCAUAUUUUGUGUAGAAAUCUUGUUGCAGAUGAAACAUGAAUAUAAUGAAUGAGGGAAGCCCUCUUCCUAUAGCAUAGAUCUCAUUAGACAUUGCAAUUUUAUACUGUGUAUAAAAGUCAGAAAAUAGAUUUGUGUUUUCCUAUGAAAUCCCAAAAUUGGUGUCCAAAGAAGAGUCUUUAUAAUGGAAAAAACCAAAUGUUUUAAUUUGCUUUUUCAAUAAACAUAAUUAAGAGAUUUUUUUUAUCUGAAUUUAAAUGGUUUUUAUUACUUAAUUUUCCUCUUCAUUCUCUUGUUUUUUCCUAAAUUCUUUGGCUUUCCAUCUGUGUGAUAAGUCAUGUGUUCCAUGUUCUACUUUUCUUUUAAAAUAUCUGUGAAUGUGGCUUAGGUCUCCAUUUUGACCUUAUCUUGCUAAAUUGUAUCAGGUGGGUUCGUUGGCCUUUUCAGAAAGCUGACUCCCAAAGGAGUGCCAUAGUUUAGGGCUACAGUUCCAGAAAAACUCUCUACCUCGUACCCUUACUUAGUCUUGCACGAACGACUUUGCCACAUCAGCAAGCUUUGUAAUGUAUAGUUAUUGUUCUUAAGUGGAGUGGGUUUCUAUAACAUAUUGUGAGCCCCAAUACAAAGUCCGGGAUAGUUGGAGUCCACUGUGUGGUAAAGUUGCUCAGUCCAGCGUUUAAAAAAUCUUGCUCCAUCUCCUAUACUUUGCUUCCCUUUGCUAGACUGGACUAGUUGAGGUGAUGUCCCAUUCCUGCAGAAAUGGAAUCAACUGCUUUCUGCUCUGACUCUGAGAAACAUCUAUGUGAACUAUUUUGGGUUGGUCGUCAUUGUCCCACACAGUGUUCAUAUAAAUUAUACUCUUGUAUUUGACAAAUGUAAAAAGUAAAGAAUUGGGAACAAGAAUUUAUUAUUUGGUUAAAAAGAUGUCAUAUUCAUUUUAAAGGAAAAUAUACCAGAUAAACAGGUAAGUUUUUGAACAUUCUAGUUACAGUUUUUCACAUCUAUUUUACAGAGUCCGUAUCAAAAGAAGAGUUCAUUUUCGAAGGGCACAUUUACAUAAUCCCCUAGAAGUUAUUUUUCAAAUGCCAGUAUUUCUAAGAAAAUAGUUUCCCCUAAAUUCCAAAAUGAGAAAAAUCAGGAUUAAAAAAAUGGCAUGAAUAAUAUUUUUGAAACAUGAGAGAAAAAACAUGAAUUCAGUUGAUUAUGUAGAGUUAUCUCAUGUUGCUUCCCGUCCAGCUCUAGCAGCCAGGCAGCCUGUGAGCUUCUAAACAUUGAUGGGGAAAGGGCUGGAGGACAAGCAGACAGCAAACAGAGGUCAGGUGGGAGAUAAGCACAAACAAAAUGUAUUCGUCUGAGGAUAAGGAUUUAUAUAUCUUUCACAGAGGCAAUAGUGUGUUCUCCCGAGAACAUUAGUCUUUUCUCAUGUGUCUGUUAGCUAUAAAAUCACCCAUACAGUUUCCUCCUUGCCUUGUAAUCUCCAAAGACAUCCUUUUCCCUGGAGACAGAACAGAGGGGUGGCGAGCAACCAUCCCGAGUUCUCACAGCCAACAAACAGGGGACAAGCUAUAGACCUGGGCUGGUCUGAAUCCUCUGCCUCCUCAAAGCUGGCCCUCAACCUCUCCCUGUUCUGUGCUACCUUGAGAUAAAAGAAGGGAUGCUUGGAGCUCAUCUAAAUUGUGGUGAGCAUAUAUUAGAGAACAGGGCAGGAGGAAACAUGCCAGGGUAACAAAAUAUAUCCAAAGCAUAAAAUACAACAGCAAGUUUGAUAUGUUAUUCAGAGAAAUGGGUUGAUUGAUCCAGUUCAACAGUUUUUUGUCUUAUUUGGGUAAAGCUUGCCUUUUCACCCUUUUCUACAGGAAUCCUCCUCCAUGUACUGUUCUGGCACAUUGGAAUAUUCGGAGAUAUGUCUCUUCAACAAAAUGGAUUUGAUCUCCAAUGUCUGCAUGAGCCCCAGUGCCACUCAGUUGAGAAAAAUAUAACUUCAUGCUUGCUCCUGAAGCCACCUGAACAGUAAUCAACCGAGUCUGUUCCAAAAAUUCUAUCAUCCAGAACACUGCCUGGCCUGCAGUCAAUACUGCCCAUGAGAAUGCUAUGAAGCAGCCUAUGACAAGAUUACAAAAGGCACUAGGUAAAGCUAAAAAAGGACAGGAUGUAUCUGAUUUGCUAUAUGCAUACCCUGUUAUUGAAGAAUUUGGUUCUUCAGGUCAGCAAAGGAGAAGAUACACUCUUUUAGAUCUGGAAAAAAUCAAAGAUUUGAAGAAGGCUUGCAGUCUUUAUGGGGCUACAUCGUCUUAUGUUAAGAUGUUACUAGAUAAUUUAGCUUAUGAAAUUUUAGCCCCCAGUGAUUGGAAGUUUUUAUUAUGUGAGCUAUUUUUCUUUCUAAGUAAUGUAACAUUUGGAGAUUAUAUUGAAAUGUGUUUUUUGGUGAGAAUUCUACCAAAUUAACAACCAGUUUUCCCAAAAAUUUGUCUUCUUUUUUAUCAUUGUACUAAAUUGCAACACUUUUUGAAAACUUAGUAAUUGAUUAUGUAAAAGAUUGAUAGCCUACAGAAUAACAGCUUGUAAUUUUUGGAGAACUGGUACUUUUAGCUGUAGUAAUGAUUUAAAUGUGGUAAUAAAUUUGAAUAGAGAUGAAUGGGGAAGACUCUCUAAUACUGCUUCUGAUGCUUCCAGGCCAGAGAUGGGUAAGAUGGUAAAGGUCUCAUUGCUAGUAAUAGAAUAAAAUAUUCAGGAUAAAAAUAUCAUUAGAAGACGGAAUUAAAAAGUAAUUUGCCACAUAUUGUGGGCCUAAAAUUGCACCUUCAUGUGGCUGAGGAGAUUCUACUUCUGAAAUUUUCAGUUCCUGUUCAGGUGAGAGUAGAACCAGAAAUAAUCCUUGUCCCUGACAAUCUCUCUCCCACUGCAGGUUUCUGCCCAAACACUAUUAUCAGGCCCUUACCUUAAUGUUUUUUGUAGAAGGGAUUAACAGGAACUUCGAUCUGUUACCCAACAUUACUCUGGGAUUCCAUAUCUACAAUGCCUGUCACAAUGAUGAGAGGACCUUGGAGAGUUCCUUUAUGUGGCUCUCAGGCCAGGGACAGACCAUUCCAAAUUACAGCUGUGAGAGGUUGGACAAGUCUGCAGUGAUCAUUGAAGGAGUUACUUCUGAAAUGACUUUCUCCAUGGGAACCAUAAUAGAACUCUCUAAAUUCCCACAGGUAGGAAAUAAUAAUUUCAAUUUAGUCUAUACUGGUUGAAAGGCAGAGGUAGGUUUUAAAGGGUCUGCCACCAUUUUGCCCCCAAAUAGCUUUGGGAAAUUCUACAAAGAGGGUGGAUCACCAGCAGGUCACUGGGAUAUUUCCCAAAAAAACCAAAACUAUUUCUCUUUCAAUUAUUUUCAUGGGGCUCUGAUAUUUUCUGAUCAGGCAAGUAAGAUUCCUGGGUUUAAAGCUUAUCUGAAAAACAUUCACCCUGAAACACCCAGGGGAUAUUUUCCUUAAAAAAUUCUGGAAUUCAGCUUUUGAUGUGCAUAUAAACAUGAAGGGAGGCAUCUGUUCACCAAAUGUCUAUUUAGACACAGUACGUUUGGGUUAUUUAGAUACCAUGUCUGACCAGAGUUACACCGUCUACAAUGCUAUAUGUAUGCUAUAGCCUGGGCUCUUCAUGAAAUGUUCCUAUUAACAUCAGAGACGGAAUCCAAUACAGAUGGAGACAACAGGGUUGUUUACCCCUGAAAGGUAAGAUAUCCUCUUUUCUUUUCCCUCCCUCCUCCCCCCUCUCCCCGCAGCACUGAAGCUGAAAUCUUUGAUUGAGGGAACUGCCAUGUUCACAAAAGAGAUAAGGGACUAGUAAUGCUGGCCACCUCUUUUUUUCAGUGAGUAACCUCUGCACAGCAGACUCAAGAUAUUUUAAUUCAUUUCAGAUUCCUGUGACAGGAUGCAGAAGAGAGAAUCCAGAUCAACUGGUAACUGGAGGUCUUUGACAAAGAGAAUAUUAGGGAAGGAUACGACCAUCAAUAUUGCAGGUGCCAUGUUUCCACCAAGGGCUGAGGAAGUCAGAACCAUGCAUAUCUUCUUCUUCUGGCAGUCUUUCCCUAUGAGAUCAUAGUACCAUGGAAAGAGCUUCUUGUUCUAAAGUCAAAAAACCUAGGUUUAAAUCCUGCCUCUAAAAUAUAAUUCCUAUGUGCUACAGAACAUGUUACUUGAUUUUUGUAGGUUUCAUCUGUAAAUAAAGUUGAAUUAAAUAUCCUCUGAA